AUGGUGGCCUGGCGCUCGGCGUUCCUCAUCUGCCUCGCUUUCUCCUUGGACACUCUGGUCCAGAGAGGAUCCGCAGACUUUGAUCUGAGUGAUGCAUUGCAGGAAACUUCCUCAGUAAAGCAGAGAUGGGACCAUGUCACUACCACAACCAAGAGACCUGGAACGACCAGAGCUCCGGCAAAACCUGCAGGUGAUGAUUUCGACUUGGCUGAUGCUUUCGGUGAUCGUGAUGAUGGCCGCAGGAAGCCAAGUGCAGGAGGAGGAGAGAGAUGGAACCAUGUCACUACCACAACCAAGAGACCUGGAACGACCAGAGCUCCGGCAAAACCUGCAGUUGAUGAUUUUGACUUGGCUGAUGCCUUGGAUGAUCGAAAUGAUCGAAAUGAUGGCCGUAGGAAGCCUAGUGCUGGAGGAGGAGGUUUUUCAGACAAGGAUCUCGAAGACGUAUUAGGGGGUGGUGGCUACCAACCCGACAAGGGUAGAGGUGAUGGCCGGUAUGGCACCAAUGACGACUCGGAAGCCGGAAUGUCACCAGAGACGGGCACCAUUGCCGGUGUGGCCAGUGCCCUGGCCAUGGCCUUGAUUGGCGCCGUCACCAGCUACAUCUCCUACCAGCAGAAGAAGUUCUGCUUCCGAAUCCAGCAGGGUCUCAAUGCAGACUACGUGAAGGGAGAGAACCUGGAAGCUGUUGUGUGUGAAGAACCUCAAGUGAAAUACUCAGAACGGCCACCACAGUCCACGGAGCCAUCGCAGCCCCAGCCGCCUCGGAUCUGA